ACAAACAUAUAAUAGCUGGUCAAGCUAAAUACUGAGUACUGCAGCUGAUUAGUAGUCGCAUAAAAGUGACAAAGGCUGUUUAAGCUAUUUUGCUGUUUAAUAUGUCGAACAAACACUGCUUCAGGUUAUUUGUAAGCCCUUUUGCAGCCAAUUGACUUAAGCUGAAUAUUAGACUGGAGAAGCGCUAUUUAAGGCACUUUGUAUUAUAGUAUUCAGCAUUUCUUAUUCAGCUGAAUGCUAAGCUGAACUAGCGCUGCUGCAGAAUUUUUGUCUACUUUUGAUCAAUAAUGUAAAAAAAACUGAACAAGAGGCUGGGGAAGCGCUAUUUAAGUCAGUUCAUAAUACAUUAUUCAACCUUCUCUAUUCAGUUAUAUUCUGGGCUGAAAUAGUGCUUGUCCAGAACUUUUGUAAGUACUUUUAAUCAGCAACUUUAUAAAAGCUGAUAUAAAGCUGAAAAGGAGCUUAAUUUAAUUAAAUCGUUCAUAUUCGUUGCAAAAGGUGUAUACUUAAGUUCGAUGAAAAAUGGCUUCUGCAGCUGAUGAUUAUUAAGUAUUAUACAGUUGCUUAUAUUUGCUAUAUAAUUUUAAUUAUUUAGAUAAAAGAUAUACACUGUGCUUUACUUAAUAUUUAAAAAAUAUGGAUAAAAAAUCAAUUCAAAAUUUAAAAAAAAUAAAAAAAUCUGGCCAUUAUUACCGAAAAUUAAAGGUAAACCGUUCAAAUUAUGAAGAGUUUUUAAAAAAUCUAUAUGCACCAAGUAGUGUUUCUUCUCAUUCAAAAGCUAACGACACAGCAUCAGGAUCAGGUAAUUUUGUUUUAAUUUUGUGAGUAUAUUUUAAAUAAAAAAUAAUUUGUUACAUAGGUUCUAAAGAACAGGAGUGUAUUUCUAGCACAUCAAGUGAUCUUGACGAUAAUCUAAUGAAAACCAGUGAAACAUCAGAUGAUGGUGACCAGUUUAUUGAUGAAGACAUUUUUAAAACAGAAGAUACUGAAACGCAAUUAUUGCCUUGUUUAAGUACCGAAUUAGGAAAUUGGGCAAUCCGACAUAAUAUUACACAUGCAGCUCUAAAAGAUCUCCUACAAAUAAUCAAGAGACAGUAUGAUUCUAGUUUAUUUAUCGAUGCUAGAACAUUAUUAAAAAUGCCACAAAAUACGAAAAAAAGUUGUAAAGUUAUACAGGGUGGAGAAUAUUAUUGGCAUCAAGGUCUUGACGUUUGUCUAACGAACACUUUUAAAAACUUGUCAAAAGACAUGUUAAUACAGCUCAAUGUAAAUAUAGAUGGGUUGCCAAUAUAAAAAAAAGUUCCAAACGUCAGUUUUGGCCAAUUUUAUGUAGCAUAUAUGAAAUGCCUGAUAUACAACCUAUGAUUGUUGGCAUUUUCCAUGGAAAUAACAAGCCUCUAGAUAUAAAGGAAUUUUUGGAGCCUUUUGUUGAGGAUGUUAAGCGGCUGCAAUCAAAUGGACUCUGUGUUAAUGGGCAUAUGAUUCACAUAAAAAUUAGAUGCUUUAUCUGCGAUUCACCUGCACGGGCAUUUAUUAAAGGUGUAGUCAAUUUCAAUGGGAUUAAUGGAUGCCUUAAAUGCACUACUGAAGGCGAAUAUUCUUAUCUUUCUCGAACUGUUGUAUUUCCUGAUAUAAAAUGUCCUCUUAGAACUGAUGCAAAAUUCAGAAGUAAACAUUAUGGUAAGCACCAUAAAGGGCAAGAGUCACCAAUUUUGAAAAUUUCCGAAGUUGACAUGGUGCAGGAUUUUAUAGUAGCAGAUGAACUACAUCUUUUAGAGCUAGGUGUGAUGAAGCGUUGUCUAACAGGAUGGAAAGAUGGUUCUAUGGGUUUCUCAAGUAAGCUAUGUGCUCGUGAUAUUGAGAGGAUCUCCAAACAUUUAAUAUCUGUGAAACUUCCAUCUGAAAUUCAUCGUUCCACAAGAGGAUUAGAUUGCCUGGCAUACUGGAAAGGAGUAGAAUGGCGCAAUUUUCUUAAUUAUAUUGGAAUUGUUAUUUUAAAAGAUGUGUUGAACACUGACGUUUAUAAACAUUUUUUACUUCUUUUUGUUGCUGUUAGAAUAUGUUCUUCUGACAUGUAUGCUGAAAAUCGUUCGGUUGCCCAAUUAAUGUUUGAAAAAUAUAUAGAUGAUUUUAAGAUUAUUUAUGGCGUACAAUUUAUUACAAGCAACAUUUAUAACUUAGAACAUGUGGUUGAUGAUGUUAAUAUAUUUGGACAACUUUUUACAAUAUCUACGUACCAUUUUGAGAAUACAUUAUUUCAACUAAAAAAAUUAUUGCGCCGAGGAAAUAUAUAACAGUUUGCAUCAAAUUGUUAAUAGAAUUGGCGAAAGAAGUUUAAUAUUGAGCAAUGAUACAAAAAAGACAAGUUUACAGCCAGAAAUUAAGAAAAGGGGGAAUGUUAUCAAGUGCUACAUUUAUUCUCAUAAUUUUUGUUUAAAUGUAUAAAUGUUUUUUUAAAUGUAUAAUAUUGAUAAUUAUUAAUAUCCAUUUUUACAAACACUUUAUAUACUUAAAGAAUAAAUAAUAAACAACGUACUUACCUGGA